GAGUCACUGUUAAAUUCGACCACCCGAUUUCACAAUUAUUCAUCACGACAUAGCUUAUUUAUUGUUGGGACCGGCUUAUUGAUAGUUUAGUUUGAUUUUUACUUCCACAAUCAUGAGUCUACAGUGGACUAUCAUCGCCACGUUUCUGUACGCCGAAAUAGCGGUUGUGCUACUUCUUACCUUGCCUAUUGCGAGUCCUUCAAGAUGGCAAAAAUUCUUCAAAUCGAAGUUUCUGGCAUAUAUAGGAAAUCAAGCUUAUAUAUAUUUUUUUGUGCUGGUCGGCGUAUUAGUUUUGUGCCUUUUGGAUGCCAUUCGUGAGAUGCAAAAGUAUUCCGAGGGAGGUGAUAAAAGCGAACAUCAACAUCUCGAUGCGGAAAUGCAAGGUAAUAUGCGUUUGUUCCGUGCUCAAAGAAAUUUUUACAUUUCUGGCUUUGCUCUCUUCCUCCUUGUUGUGAUUCGUAGACUGGUACAGAUGAUUUCGGAACUGGCCGUUUUACUAGCACAGAGCGAGGCUAGCUUCCGUCAAGCGCAAAGUGCGACUACAACCGCUAGAACUCUGCUCGCUCAGCAGGGAGCAGGAGAUGAGCAGUCUAAAAAAGAGGCUGAGGAACUGAGGAGCAAAAUUUCAGUCCUUGAAAAAGAGUUAGCAAAAGAAAAAAAGGAUAAAGAAGCAGUUAAGUCUCAAGCGGAAAGUCUGAAUAGGGAAUAUGAUCGUCUUGCAGAAGAACACAGCAAAUUACAGAAGAAGAUUACAGUGUCUAGCGGAGGAGAUGGCAAAAAGGAUGAAUAGAUUAGGUAGAUUUAAAUCAUGAUUAGGUCUGAUUUCCUUUUCCAAUUGUGGCUUAUGUAACUUUGUUAAUAUUAUUGCUUUAAAUAUUAACAACCAUGAGAUUGAAAAAUAAUAAAAAUGUUACUUAUUGGCUGUUGUAAUGUUGCACUUAGAUCUAAUUCCUGGGUUGGCAAUUUUGUGAGCACUUCAUGCUUUUGAAGACAUGUAAGAUACUGAGUGUUUUUAUUUAUUGAAGUUGUUAUUUGGUAAGAUAUAAAUAAAUAUAAAUAAGUAAUUUCUAAAUAAAAUUUUCAAUCAAACUUUAUUUACAUAUUUAUCACAUGUUUUUAACAGACUAUGUACAUUGUUGUCAUACUCUGGUGUGAAAGAAAAUUAUGAUUCUAAUUUACCAAGUUCUAAACUUUUGUUUUGUUUUUUUUCUAAUAAAAAUCAUCUAAUAUGUGUAUAAUGUAACGAACAAAUAUAAAUAAUAAAUUAAUGUUUCAUAUUGAUUUGAGGAAAAGUGAAUUGAGUAUGAAAUCAAAAUAAAGUGUGAAUAUAUUUUGAAGUCAGGAUGGCUACCAUUUCAAGGAACAGAAUUGCUUACUUUGUUGAUGUGUAAUAAUAAAAAUAGUCUUUGACAAUAUUAAAAAAAAAAGACAAAGAUUCUCACAAAAUUAUCAGCAUUAGGAACAUCAUCACAGAUAGUAAAGUAGAAACAUUAAUUCAUCAUAUUUCAUCUUUAAAAAACCCAUUCCAUUUUAGAUACCUGGGACGGGCAAAUUUUUAAACAUUUUUUAAAGAUUGAGUUGUUGUGCAAGAUGCAUAAUUGAUUAAAUUAUAUGUAUUAUUCAAUUUAACUUUAACUUUUCAAUUUAACUUUCGUGGUAUAAUGAAAGUAAAAAGUUAUUAAUUUCAUUCAAAUAGAAAAGGAUGUUAUGAGUAGUGAUUAGAGUAGGUAGUUUGAAUUGGGGUCAUUGAUCUGAAACAUAUACACUAAUGUGGAUAUUUUUCUGGAACUAAUUAAUCAUUAGGAUUUCUUUUCCUAAACUCAGAUAGGAGAUUUAUAAAAAAUUAAGUUAAAGUUUGAAUAAUCAGAUUUAAAGCAUAAAAGGAAUCAAAUUGCACAACCAUUCAACCAAGUAGUAGGGUAUAUACAUUUAAAUAGUUUUAAUGCCUUUCUUUUUCUACUUUUAAAUAGAAUAAUUAUAUCAAUUACCACUGGAACAAUGAUCAAUUAAAUCCAGAAAUGUGUUUUGGGAAAAAUGUCUUAUCCAUAUUUUUCUUUCUUUGACCAUUUAUGAUACAAGUACAUACUAAAAAUUAAUCUGCUUACUCUGAUCUGGAGGAAAUUGUUUUGAAUCAUAACAAAUAUACAAAAUUUGAUUACUUUUUCAUUGUUUCUUAGUUACUGUCACUGGUAUAUUUAUUUGUAUGUGAGAUUCGGUUUUGUUAUUUAGGUGUAUCAUAGUUAUUAGAAUGGAUGUGUUUGUUUUUGGAUUUUGUUUUGUAGUAUCGGGAACUUUUGCAUUAAGUAUAAUGUUGCUUCAUUUAAAGUCUGUAUUCUGAAUGGAGUGUUAAUACAUUAAUUAUUUUGUAUUUUUAUUUUGAAGUUUUUUUUUAUAGAUAUUCUUUAUUUGUAUAUUUUUAAUUUUUGUGAACGUGGGGUGUGUGUCAAUUUUUCGAUUUUGAAAUUAAUUCUUGAUCUAUCUAGACUCUCGUUUAUCAAAAGAGUAUUUGUGGCACUGCUGGGCUAACUUCAUUUCUUUUCGUAGUUGCGUACUUAAAUAAUUUUAUAAUAGGGAAAAUUUAUAAAUGUGUGGGUCACUUUAUAGAAAAGAAUUUUACGGAGCACUUUUACAAUAAUGGUAUUUCUUUUUGCGAGUAUUGAUUUAAAAAGCGAGGGUGCAACACGUCAUCUUCCGACUGUUGGUUUUGUUGACGGGAGCUUUGACUUGGUCUCGUUUUCUCUUUUGCCGUUACUCCCAGCCUUAAUAGUUGUAUCGAACUUUCUAUCUGCACGAUCUGGUUACUUUGUCUAUAAUUUUAAAUCCUAAUUGUUUACCUUUAUUUGUGUAAAAAUUAAACUGAUUAAAGAAGAAUUACUU